AUGAAAACAGUAGUUUCUUCUCUCGGCAAUUCGAUAGAGAGAUCUGCACAAAUUUUUUCUCUCACUCUCUAUGUAUCUAUCAUUAUAUCUCCGUCUGUUCAUAUCUAUCUAUCUAUCUAUCUAUCUUUUAAUCUUUUAAUCUAUCUAUCCCAGCGAAUUAAAACAAAACCAAUCUAUCUAUCUAUCUAUCUAUCUAUCUAUCUAUCUAUCUAUCUGUUCACAUCUAUCUAUCACAAAAUAUUAAUUAAUUGCUAUAUCUAUCUAUCUAUCUAUCUAUCUAUCUAUCUAUCUAUGUUCAUAUCUAUCUAUCACAAAAUAUUAAUUGCUAUAUCUAUCUAUCUAUCUAUCUAUCUGUGUCGACAGUUACUUGAUCUAUCUAUCUAUCUAUCUAUCUAUCUAUCUAUCUAUCUUACUGGUAUUAUAUCUAUCUAUCUAUCUAUCUAUCUAUCUAUCUAUCUAUCUAUCUAUGUUUAUAAGCUCACCGUUUUUAAAGAUCAUAAUCCUACUGACAAGCAGGAUUAUUUUACCAUGACAUUUCUUUCAUAG